UCUGCUUACAGUGUUCGGUUUACUCAGUGAGGCUCAGAGACAGCAGGAGCAGAGACUCGGAGGACACACACACACAGACACACACGCAUACGCACACGCACGCGCGCGCGCACACACACACACACACACACACACACACACACACACACACACACACACACACACACUGAUGCGUCUCUCACAGCAUCCAUUUCACGGAGACUCCAGCUCGCAGCGGAGGACACGGUGCGCAUUUCUCUGAGCCACGGAGCUGCUCUCUCCUCAACUCCGUUUCCUAGAGCGACUGGCGGGCGGAGCGACACUUUCCCCUGCGUUUAUCCACACUGUUUCGAGCCUGUUUCCUUGGAGCACAGAGGAGAUUCUGCAUCCUCUUUGUGGAAUUUGCAGCUCAACGGAAUAUCCGACGGUUCAAGUUUUCGUGGAAGUUGCGCAGUGACAGAAAAUGAGGGGCAUUUUUGGCUAUUUGGCACUGCCUGGGAAAUGCCUUGUGGUCCUCGGACUUAAAUUGUUAUUCCUUGUACCUGCAGGAGUUCCAGCCAGAACCGGAGACUCAGUAUUAAAGGACAACAUCACCGUCAGACAGGGGGACAACGCCGUCUUAAAAUGCAAUGUAGAUAGCAAAGUAUCACGAGUGGCCUGGCUCAACCGCACCACCAUUCUCUUCGCAGGAAGUGAGAAGUGGUCUCUGGACCCUCGCGUCAUCCUGAUGGAAAACACAGCCGUCACAGAGUACAGCAUCAUGAUCCAAAAUGUUGACGUCCAUGACGAGGGGCCCUACGUCUGCUCCAUCCUCACAAACAAGAAACCAAAAUCCACAAAAGUGCAUGUCAUCGUUCAAGUACCCGCCAAGAUCACCAACAUAUCGAAGGACGUCACGGUGAACGAGGGCAGCCCGGUCAGUCUGAUGUGUCUGGGGGUGGGCCGGCCCGAGGCCAACGUCAUCUGGAAGCAUCACUCCCCAAGUGGCACUCAUACAUUUGUGACGGAGGGGGAACAUCUGGAGCUGACAGCCGUCACCAAAGAGCUGUCAGGGUCGUACGAGUGCAUCGCUUCUAACGACAUCUCCAGCCCUGACGUCAGGACAGUGCAAGUCACAGUGAACUACCCUCCCUUCAUUUCUAAAGCGAGGAGUACGGGUACAGCAGUGGGACAAAAAGGAGUCCUGCAAUGCGAAGCCUCUGCUGUCCCCAGGGCAGAUUUUGAGUGGUACAAAGAAGACAGCAGGCUCUUCAAUGGACUGAAUGGUGUUAAGAUAGAGAAUCAGGGUAAACAGUCGAUGCUCGUCUUCUUCAACGUCUCCGAAGAAGACUAUGGAAACUACACAUGUGUUGCAGUGAAUAAUAUGGGAAUCACUAAUGCCAGCAUAAUCCUUUAUGGUCCAGGGGCCAUGCACGAUGUGAACGGGGCCGCCGCCCUGCCCCGGGCCUCCGUCUGCCUCCUGCUGACUGUAGCCCCCCUCUACCUGCUGAUGUUCUGAUGGGAGGGGACCACCUGCUCCCCCAGCACUGAGCGCAAAGAACAGACUAUCAGUCCUACAAGAAGAACAGGAAGUUAAGAGGGCCAUUGGUUGGUUCUUAGUUUUCUUUCUCUUUUUCUUUCUGGCUUUGCAUCAGAGUCUGUUCUCUGUACGCUCGCCAAGAGUGAGAGGCAUCAAUGCGAUGGAGGGACAUUUGAAUCAUGCACUAAUAUGAUGAUGAUGUUAGAACUACUGAGUUUGUGUGUCCCCAAACCUUUUUGUAUGUGAAAGGCAAAAAGAAGAAAAAAUAUGUGUAACUGUUGAUAGUUGACUGUGUAUUGCUAUUGCUAAUAUUGAAGUGUACAUUCAGAUUAUUAUUAUUAUUAUUAUUGUGUCAUGUCCGGUUCAAUAUCUGUACAAAACCAUUAAGCUUUUUUUAAGUAAAUGAUAAAAAAAGGAAAAAAUGCAAUGUGGUUGAUGAAUUUUACUGUAUUUUUACAGUUGUAUGCAAAACAGAGUAACAGGUCCUUGGUGAUAAACACUUCAGACUAAUAAAUGGUGAACCUUGAUUUCUCAGGCAAAGUCCCACAGCAUAGUGCAUCCAAACAUUUAUUUUCAUCCUAAUGUGUGUAGAACAUGUUCAAACGUGUACAGACUAUUCCUGCACUGUUGUUUUCUGCUUUUCUGAAACACCGCUCAUAGCAGCUUCACGGCAUAUUCACAAAAAAAUGAAAUGGUACUUUCAGACAUUUAUGAUAAGCUUUAUAUGGGUUAAGGUGCUGGUCAGUACUACAGUCAAGUUUCAAGUUUAACAUACAGAUAACCUAAAAAAACUGAAACGUUGACUUUAAUUAAGUGCAUUAAAGGUCCCCUAUUAUACUGUUUUUCAUCAAUAUAUCACAGGUCUCAGAUAUAUCCAGCCUGUCUCUGAUUGGCUGAAACACCAAACAGAUCAUUGCAGCAUUACCCAUAAUCCCCUCUGUUUCAGCCCUGUUUCCAAAGUGCUGAUUCU